AUGGAAGACGACGAACCGAGCCACGAAGGGUUCGCCACCGAAACGCUUGACCCGGCAUUGCAGAAGAAGCACCAUGACAUGCUCGAACGCCUCUCUGCUCGCCACCAGUCUCUAAAAUCCGAUUCACAUGACUCUUCCUUUUCUUCUUCCACGCUGGAUUCGACCUCCUCCUUCCUCUCCCGAUUCGCCGAUUCCAAGCGAUCUGUCGAAUCUCGAAUCGCCGAGUCACGACUCGCCUCUUCUUCAUCAGCGGACUCUUCCAAGGUUAAAUCGGAUCUCUCGGAUAUCUCCUUGGCGAUUGACAAUCUCGAGAAGCUUCUCGCUGAGAACUCCUAUUUCCUUCCUUCCUACGAGGUCCGAUCCUCUCUUAAAGCUGUAUCAGAUCUCAAGCAGAGUCUCGAAAUCCUCUCCGGCGAGCUAAUCCCGAAGAAGAAGUUCUCGUUCAAGAGCAAAUCGUCUUCUAGAAAGCCGGAAUCCAAACCCGCGGAGAUCCAGAAACUCAAUGUCAUUUCACCUCCGAAACUCCCCGUCCGCGACUCUCCGGGAUUUCGGAACAAACACGGUGAGACUCUGGUGAAAAGCUUCAAAGGCUCGUCGAUCGGAGAAUUCACAUUGUCAGAUCUCGAUUCAUGUCAAGUAAAAUUGAUGGGAACUGUUAAUGCUCUCUUCCUUCACCGAUUGAGAAACUGCAGUGUAUACACAGGUCCGGUGAUUGGUUCGAUUCUGAUCGACGAUGUAGAAGAUUGCGUCCUCGUUCUGGCCUCGCAUCAGAUCAGAAUCCAUUGCGCAAGGAAGAGUGAUUUCUACCUGAGAGUGAGGAGUCGUCCGAUAGUCGAAGACUGCAACGGCGUCAGAUUCGCGCCUUACUGUUUGGAUUACGAAGGGAUCGAGGAAGACUUGAAGACGGCUGGUUUGGAGGAGGAAACUGGGAAUUGGGCCAAUGUGGAUGAUUUCUUGUGGCUGAGAGCCGUACAGUCGCCUAACUGGUCCGUUUUGCCGGAAGAAGAUAGAGUCUCCUCAGUUUCCAUUUCCGGCGAUGGAGAUUACUGA